UCCCUAAUCAAACAAUCGGCCGAGUGAGUGACUGGGUGAAGGGGGAGGUUAAACGUCAGAUUAGAAAUGCAGCGAGUGAGUUUGGUAAAAGGAGGCUCCUGAACACGAUGCACUACCUGUUUGAGUCUCAGAGUCCUGUACUGGCUCAGCAGACACUGGGAUCUGUGGAAACACUUUCAUUCAGUGGACUGGGACUGACCCCGAUUGACUGUGCGGUCCUGUCUCAUGUCAUCAGGCUCUGUGAUACAAUCAAAGACCUAGAUCUGGAGAGCUGCCACAUUCAGUGUGAAGGUCUCCAGCGGCUGGGACCGGCUCUGCACAAGUGUCAGUGCUUGAGACUGGGAGACAACGACCUGGGAGAUUCCGGUGUGAAACUGGCGUCUGCGGCUCUGAGGCACCCGGACUGUAAAAUACACACACUGCGGCUGGAACGUGUUGGCCUCACAGAUUCUGGAGCCGAGGAUCUCGUCUCCGCUCUCAGUACAAACCACACGGUGACGUGGCUGGACCUAAGUGGGAAUAAAUUGGGAAAUUCCGGAGUGAAACUUGUGUCUGCGGCUCUGAGGAACCCGGACUGUAAAAUACAGAGACUGCGGCUGAUGGAUGUCGGUCUCACAGAUUCUGGUGCCGAGGAUCUCGUCUCCGCUCUCAGUACAAACCACACGGUGACGUUGCUGUGGCUGAGUGGAAAUAAACUUGGAGAUUCCGGAGUGAAACUGGUGUCUGCGGCUCUGACGAACCCGGACUGUAAAAUACAGAGACUGUGGCUGAUGGAUGUCGGUCUCACAGAUUCUGGAGCCGAGGAUCUCGUCUCCACUCUCAGUACAAACCGCUCACUGACGGGGCUGUACCUGACAGACAAUUCCCUCACAGACCGAUGUGUCCCCGCUCUCCGCCAGCUCAUACUGAACCUCCCGAGGCUGGAGCAGAUCAAGCUGGAGGGGAAUAAGUUCAGUGCGACUGGAGAGAAGAAACUGAGGUCGCUGCAGGAACGCAGACCCGGACUGAGUGUGGACAUGUGAACAUCUCUGGGUGUAAACGUCACCGCCCUGGGGAUAUUGUUGGCCGAUUCCCCGCCCUCCCUCCCCUUUAAACCCCAACGCUUCCCGGGCCGGCCGGGCGGUGAC